CAGCCAUUUACAAUUAUCUCCAAAUUAAAUUAGAAACUCCCAGGAGGAGACGUUCACUGCCAGAGACCCAAACUGGACAGAAAGAACAAGAGUGAGGAAAAGCUCAGGUGAUCCGAAGACAGAAACACUGGAGGAGCGAUCUUUCAUCAGAUUAAUGAGAAUAUAAAAAGAAGUGAGCAAAAGUAGAGGAGAAAUUUAAUUAGGGAAUGAGCCGGAGUUCGUUUCAAAUCAAGCUGUUAUAGUUGUAGCAUCCAGGGAAGAGGUUCCUUCAGCUCCUGUUGGAGAACCGAGCAGAGAGACUUUAAAGAACCAUCAUGACUCGUUUACAUCUCCUAAUUGGACUCCUGAGUUGUCUUCACCUGGCAGGAUGUUUGCAGUGUUACACCUGUGUGUUUCCGGCCAUUUCUCCCAUGGACUGCAUGAAGUUUCCUCUGGAGUGUCCUGCAGGCCAGCGCUGCCUGUCCAGUGUGGCAACAGGAAGGCGAGGCGCCGUUCAGCUGACGAUAUACGAGAAGAGUUGUGCCGUCCCGACGCAGUGCGGCUUGGCCGGACAGAAGUACACCUCAGGGGUGUACUUUAACUACACCAACGACUGCUGCGACACGGAUCUUUGCAACGCCGCCGGGUCUGUUGGUGCCCUCAGCCUGAGAGGAGCGCUGCUCUGCCUGCUGCCUGCACUCGGCCUCCUGGUGGACUGAACUGAACCACCAGAACCACGGACCGCCUCUGCCUCCAUGGCUGAGAUGUCAAAGGAUAAUUAAGUUUUAGUUCAUCACAAGUUGCACCAUCAACAUUAUUUGUUAUCCAUGAAGAUUGUUUUAACUUCAUGAUGCCAUUAGCAUUAAGACAGAGGGAAAAAUCACAUCAGUUCUCAAAUUCUCCAAAUUCUAGAAGAUAUUUAAGUGUAUUAAAAGUGAAAAAUAUUUCUACUGAAAGAUAUUUAUCUAGAAAGAAUGUUAAAAAUAAUUAAGUGUAGUUUUUUCUGACCUUCACCUUAAAAUUUUUGUUCUUUCUGAACUCUUUUAGUCGAAAUUAUAAACUGAGGAGCAUAAAUUAUAACUCAUAUUCUCCAAAUCGAAAUAUCAGGGCCAUAAGAAGAAAUAAAAAACAAAUUAACUAGAAUACAGUCAUACCAGAAUAAUGACUUUAUUCUCAAAAUGUUGUAUAUUAUUAUUUUCUUAGUGUAGUCCUAAUUCUCCGUCAUAUUAUGGUUAAUUAUAGUAGUAACUGUUAUUACUACUAUCACAAUAGAGUAAUAUAAAUUCUGACAGCCAGUUAAGCAAAGUCAGAGGAAUCAACUGACUCACUCUUUGGUUGCAUAGCAACUCACUCAUUAUUCUUUGGUUACCUAGCAACAACUUGCUGAGGAACUUGCGAAGCAGCAGUUUCAGGUUUUGUCUCACUACUGCUUACAAAUAAACAGCAUGGGUGAUUAAAGGAAAGGUCACGACACCAGUUCAGCAGCAUUUCAGGUAUUUAAAACAAAAUAAUGAAUCAAUAAUUAUUGAUACACUGACAUGAAACGCUCAUAUGUUUUUCAGCCUUGUUGCCCAGCUCUAUGUUGUACUAACUGGAUUAAGGCCAGCUGUUUAAAAAAGAUAAAUAAAUAAAAAGUCAGCUUAUAUGAACUCAAACAUGUAUAAUGUGACAGUGAGAGGAGUUGCGUUUUCAGUUUUAUGCUCGUUGUGGUGCUACAGAUCAUCUGAUUUUUGUCAAGUUUUACAUGUGAAGUGUUUUUUUAAGUUCCUGUGAAGAGAUUCAAAAGUCCGAUUCUGUUUUUUUUUUUUUUUUUUUUUUUUUAAGUAUCUAUAUAAAAACAGGUUUGUCAAAUUGUUCUGUUAGAUCAGCUAACAUUAAUGUUCUGUUUGGUUCUGAUUCUGUUUCCCUAAACAAAGCAUUUUGUACCAAACCAUGUAGAAUCAGUUCAUUUCUCUUGGGACCUUUACAAAUAAGGAGAUAAAUUAUAAAAUCCCUCAUAUUUCAAAUUGUCAUUAUUAUACAGAAUCAUCAUAGUUUUAGAUUAUAUCAGAUUUACACUGGUUAAUGUUCGGACCAUUGAAUUUGAUUAAAUCUCAGAUUAUGACCUCUGAUCUAACCAAAUAUAACUAACCAGCUCUUGUCAGUUAUCUGAAGCAUAUUAACAUAUUCAGCAAACUACAUAAAAACUUGUUAAUAUGUAAUAUUCAUGAGAACAAAUUAUGACAUGUUCAGCAGCAACUUCCUUCCCUAUUUUCACGAUAUGUGGACAUUUCAAUAAAACAAUCCUCAAAACAAGCCAGAAAUAAAAAAGGAGGCGUUUUAUUAUGAAGAUAUUUUUAUUGGAACAUUGAUAGAAGCAAAAUAAAAAAAGAUUUCAGCUGUGAGUUUGAUUGUCCUCGCUGCCGCUUUCGAUUUUUUUAACUUCAUGAUGCCAUCAGCAUUAAGACAGAGUGAAAAAUUACAACAUCAAUAACAAAACAUGUGAAAUGAAAAGCAGAAAAUAAAAAUCCGACACAUUUUCUGGUCCCUGAAAUUGUUUCAAAUAUAUAUUAAGAAAUGAGAGUUUCUGCUAUGCUUGGACAAAAAACACAAAUAAUGAUUAACUGUGAAGUUAUUCAUAUUUAAUCCCUUUAAACAUUAGUCUAUAUCAAAAAAUAGAUCAAAUCCACAUCAGUUCAACAAGGAAAACAUUCAGUAAUCAAACUCAGAUCCUUCAUAAAAUUUGGGUUUAUUGAGGUGAAUUAACUCACAGCUGAUUUCUAACCACGUUUACAGGAUUUUCUAAUUGCACUUCGGUCAUUUUUAGCAACACUGAAGAACUUCAUAUCAAAACAGCCUCUGGAAAUGUUACACUGUGUUACCCUGAGGUUUACUGGAUGUGUUGCUGCUUGACCAGACAAAGUGUGUUAUUAGCUCCAUUUUGAUUUAGUUCAAGGUUGUUUGACAGGCAAGAAAACUUCGAGGCGUAAAUCGAACCAACAGACAGAGUCUUAGAUCUCUUUGGAUAAAAAUAAGGCCAACGGUGGCAUUUUUAUAAUUUGUUAUUAUGUCAGAAGAACUUCACACAACCAACAGAAAUAUAUAAGUAAUCUAUACUUUGAUCACAUGUUUGAUAUGUAACAGAAACAGAUCCAUGUUCUAAAGCAGGGUGUCAAACUUAUUUUUGUUUUGGAUCAAAUCAAGAUCAUGAAUGCUCUUAAAGGGCCGGCAGUGCCAGAAUGUAUCGAUAAACUGUUAAAAAUAUUAAUGAAUUCUUAAAAUUAAAUAAUACAAUUCAAAGUCUUUUCAGUAUCACCAGAACUUCGCGAUUGUUUUUGUGAUUUUUUUUUGUUUGUGGUUCUAAUUUGGAAAUAUUUGCACUUAUUUAUGACUGGAGAUGCAACUUUUUAUUUCUGCCUGUGUUGAUCCUGGACUAUAAUCUGACAUCAGUUAAGACUGAAGCAGCUGUUUAGAACAAGUUAGGAAGUUUUUGACAAUUUUUGAGAGAAAUCUUCAAUAAACUCCCAAUAAUUG